AUCCCAACGACCAUGGCCUUAAAUCACAUGUACAACCAGUAAUCCCAUUUCAUCUAAAAAUCUCAUUUCAGCAGCUGAAUCCAUUUCAUUAACGAAUCGAAUUACUCGCUCCAAUUCCAACCCACCGCCGAAGAGCACAUGGCCCGCGCAGUCGUCCUCGUCCUCGCCCUCACAGUCUGCUGCCUCCUAGUGGCCCCUGUGCCGGCGCGCCACCCGACGGACCUCCCGCCGCAGGUGACCAAGGCCGCGGCAGGCUGUGCCGAGGAGGCAGAUCAGGCAACCACCCUCACCGUGCCAGAGGAGGGCAACGCCAUCGCUGCGCAGGAGGAGGGACGAGAGCAGGGAUCCUCCCUACUGUGCCUCAUCUUCCGUUGCGGUGGCGAGCCAGCAAGCGCGGUAGUGGCCCGGGCCAGCUCCAAGGAGCCCGCCGCGCUUGACGCAUGGACCCAGAACAAGGAUGUGGAAGACAGGCAGGAGGGGCCGUACAACUCCAAUUCUGAUUGUGGUUCGGAUUGGGAUUCUGACUCCGACAACUCCAAUUCUGAUUGUGAUUCGGAUUGGGAUUCUGACUCCGACGACGAGGAGGGCGGCAUCAUGGGGUGGUUCUGGAGGCUGGCACAUCUCUUCUGAUCGAUCCUCGCCGAUGACUGCAGAUGGUGUACUCCUGUUGUUCGAACCCUGUCUGGUGCAUGUACUGUAUUUCUGAUGCUCAAUACUAGGAGCAGAUGGUAGCAGCAACACCUCUCUGUACAAGUUAUAUUGAUGAAUAAAUGAUGCUCCUGUGUUGCUGUUGCA